GGUGAGCAGAUGGGGGUCUCAACAUCAUAUAAUGCCUCAAAGGUUCUCCUUGACGUCAAUGUCCCUGAUAUUGAGGAGUUUCGAACCAGGAUGUUGGAUAUGGGGUCAUCACAAUCCUUGAGCUCAACAUCAUCACGACCUGCAUUAAGUGAUGAUAAAGAAGUUGGAAUUAUCAAGAUGUUGUCUGAACUAUAAACUACUAAGGAGGUUCGUGGGUUGUGGUUUUAUGGGAAGAUAAACGCUAUUCUAAAUGCUACCAGUUGGGCUUAUAUGGGAUGCUUCAAAAGGUCAUGUCGUGCAAGAGCCAUAAAAUGUGAUAAUGAAUUUGAGUGCACGAAGUGCGGAGUGCGGUCUUCUGAAGAAAACUGGCUCUACAAAUUGAAGCUGAACGUUGUGCAUGGUCGUCACAACGCUGAGCUGCUAUUCUGGGAUCAAGCAUGCAAGCAGUUUUUGGGAAAACCUGCGUCCGAUUUUCGUGAACAUCUGGAUGAUGUCAAGUUAAGACCUCAUAGUGCUCCUCCAUUGUUCUACGACUUGGGUGAGCGGGAGUACUUAUUCAAAAUUGAGAGAGACAUCGCGAGUUUAGAUGGAUCCGAUGCUGCGUUUUGCAUAAGCAUGACAACAGACAAUAAGGAAAAGAUUGAGCAGAUUAAGUCAUCCUGGAAAGAUGAACCAGAGCCAGAGGCUGAAUAUAAUUCUGAUUCAGAUCUUGACUUAAUUCUUGAACCUCGAACUACGGUAGAAUCCAACUUGACACCAACAUCACCUGAGCAUGACCAAGGGCAGACUCCAAUUUCAUCCUCAAAGAGAAAAACUGAGGAUAUAGAUGGUAGCAAAGAAAUCUCAGAUGAUAAAACACUGGGGUCUACAAAUAAGAAUAAGAAGUUGAAGGAGGUCAAAAAAGAGAAACUUUGAAGUUCGCCAUUUAGAAAACA